AUGCAAUAUUUGUUUGCUCAUAAACUCUCCUUCAACGCGGACAUAUCGCGGUGGGACGUCAGCUCGGUCACGAACAUGGAUGGGAUGUUUGUAGCCGCCAACGCGUUCAACGCGGACAUAUCGCGGUGGGACGUCAGCUCGGUCACGAACAUGAUUUAUAUGUUUAAUGACGCCUACGCGUUCAACGCGGACAUAUCGCGGUGGGAUACCAGCUCGGUCACGAACAUGGGAAGUAUGUUUAAGCAAGCCUACGCGUUCAACGCGGACAUAUCGCGGUGGGACGUCAGCUCGGUCACGGGCAUCUCGGUCACGGACAUGGGUUAUAUGUUUUAUAGGGCCGACGCGUUCAACGCGGACAUAUCGCGGUGGGACGUCAGCUCGGUCACGAACAUGUACAGGAUGUUUGAUUAUGCCAUCAAAUUCAACGCGGACAUAUCGCGGUGGGACGUCAGCUCGGUCACGAACAUGCACAGGAUGUUUUAUGAAGCCUACAGGUUCAACGCGGACAUAUCGCAGUGGGACGUCAGCUCGGUCACGAACAUGUAUCAGAUGUUUUAUCAAGCCAGCAAGUUCAACGCGGACAUAUCGCGGUGGGACACCAGCUUGGUCACGAACAUGGGAAGUAUGUUUUCUUCUGCCUUGUUCAUAUACAAAGGAUCCUUCAACGCGGACAUAUCGCGGUGGGACGUCAGCUCGGUCACGCGCAUGGAACAGAUGUUUUAUGACGCCAAGGCGUUCAACGCGGACAUAUCGCGGUGGGACGUCAGCUCGGUCACGAACAUGUACAGGAUGUUUUAUCAAGCCAGCAAGUUCAACGCGGACAUAUCGCGGUGGGACGUCAGCUCGGUCACGAACAUGGUUGAGAUGUUUUAUUAUGCCAACAAAUUCAACGCGGACAUAUCGCGGUGGGACGUCAGCUCGGUCACGAGCAUGGAGCAUAUGUUUCGUUCCGCCGGCCAGUUCAACGCGGACAUAUCGCGGUGGGACGUCAGCUCGGUCUGGAACAUGGGAGGUAUGUUUUAUCGAGCCUACGCGUUCAACGCGGACAUAUCGCGGUGGGAUACCAGCUCGGUCACGAACAUGGGUUAUAUGUUUUAUAGGGUCGACGCGUUCAACGCGGACAUAUCGCGGUGGGACGUCAGC